CCUACAAGCUAUAAAUAACAGUUGUAUUUUGGGCUAUUUUUGAAGUGUUUGGGCAGAAAUCUGGCAAUCCUCGUCAAUACGUCAUUUGCUUACCAACGGGCUUAACGACCACGAACCUGGCAACAAGGCGUCACCAGUUAGGUUUUAUUCAGAGAUGAAUUCAGAAUAACACAUUUUUACUAUGUUUCAUAUAAAUGUGUUAUCUUGUGAUUAUUUUAUACGGCUGUAUUGGGUGGGAAUAGCGGAUUCGCUGAUAUGUAUUAACAUACAUUAGUCUUUGGUAAAUUAAUGACUUGUUAUUGCUAAUAUAAUAGUACUGAAUGGAGGUAAUGUUAUUUAUUGAAAGUUAAUAUAUUGACCUUCUAGACACGAUCGCACAAGGCCGCACAUUGGUAUAUGCUUGUACGCCGCGUAAAAUUGUUUAACCCUAAAGAAUACAUUUACAUCCAACUAUCAUAAUUCAUUUUUCGUUUUUUCCCCCUCCAAUUAGCCAAUCCUACUUUUAAUUUAACUGUUUGCCCUCAGGCAAGAUGGCCACCAGUUUGUUGUCUGGGUACUACGACUAGUAUUUCUUUUUAUCUAUGGAACAUGCGCCACAAACAAUGAUAGCUUCAAGUCCUCUUCAGUUUGAAUUAAAUUGCAUGCCUAUCGCUGUACAGCAAUUUUCUGCCAUGGCGGUGUGGAGGACUAAUUCCACCUGAUAUCACUUCCUGCUUAUUUUACACUGGUGCCACACGUCUGCUAGACUGGAAAUAAAUUAUAACAAGUAUUUUUCCAGUGCCAAAAUAAAUAUGUAUGCCUGUGAACAGACUCCCGACUCCCCAGUCUUUCACUGGAAGGAGGUGCUGUGCCAUCCGAGAUGCAGCCAUUCAAUGGAAAUGAAGAGGAGCCGUUCAGGAGGGUAUACCUGGAUUACAAUGCCACCACUCCUGUGGAGCCAGAGGUGAUCGAGGCCAUCACUGAAGCCCUGAGGGAGGCCUGGGGGAACCCCAGCAGCAGCUACCGCCCAGGUCAAAAAGCAAGAGAGAUAAUUAGCCAAUCAAGAGAGAGCAUUGCAAAGAUGGUGGGAGGGUGCUCUGAUGACAUUAUUUUCAUGUCUGGAGGAACAGAGGCAAACAAUUUUGUCUUCCGCAAUGCAGUCAAGUACUUCUGGGAUACAUACAGGAAGGCAGAGAUUACUGGAAAAGAGGAGGUGCCUGUAGAGAUGGGCGGGGCCUUGCCCCACAUCAUCACCUCAAAUGUGGAGCAUGACUCCAUCAGUCUGGUGGCUGAACAACUUGUGAAAGAGGGGAAAGCGGAAGUCACAUUUGUGCCGGUUUCCAAGGUGACGGCGAGAGUGGAAGUUGAGGAUGUGAUGUCAGCCAUCAGGCCCAACACCUGCCUCAUUUCCAUAAUGCUGGCUAACAACGAAACCGGAGUGCUCAUGCCCAUAGCAGAGAUCAGCCAGAGAGUGCAGGCUCUGUGCGAGAUGAGGGGGGCUCCGAGAAUCCUCCUGCACACGGAUGCGGCGCAGGCCAUCGGAAAGCUGCAGGUGGACACGCAGGAGCUGGGGGUGGACUACCUCACCAUCGUCGGGCACAAGUUUUAUGCCCCGCGAAUCGGAGCCCUGUAUGUGAAGGGGCCCGGUGUCACCACACCCGUGCACCCUCUUUUUUUUGGAGGUGGGCAGGAGAGGAACUUCAGACCAGGGACAGAGAACACCCCUAUGAUUGCUGGCCUCGGAAAGGCAGCAGAACUGGUCCACAGAAAUCUGGAUCGCUAUGAGAAUGACAUGCGUGAGACCUGUGAAUAUCUGGAGCAGCGUCUGGAGGAGGUGUUUGGGAAAGAGAAGCUCCAUUUCAACAGCCACUUCAGCGGCUCCAAGAGGCUCCCCAACACGUGCAAUGUGUCCUUCCUGGGAGUACACUUGCAAGGGCGCAAGGUUCUGUCUCUCUGUCACAGGCUGCUGGCCAGUGUUGGAGCUGCGUGCCACUCAGACCAAGGGGACAGUCCGUCUCCUAUCCUGCUGAACUGUGGCAUCCACCCUUCCGUGGCUGCCAAUGCCCUGCGUCUGAGCGUGGGGAGAGGGACCACCAAGGCUGACGUGGAUGUCGUUAUUGAGGACCUGAGAGCGGCAGUCCAGCAACUGGAGGGGCUCGGCUAGCAGGGAGGAGCACCCCACUGUCUCUUUACUGGGAAGAUCCAAGGAGAGAGACGGAAAUUCAUGGAGUCUGGGCAAUUCUGAUGUGGGACAUACUGAAAAUGAAAACUCUUUUGAGACACGAAGAGACUUUUAGUGCUAAUUCCCUAUUGUAGUAUUCAUUUUGAAAAGGACCUCCUGAACUCUUUGUGACAAACUAGUGCACUGGCACGAGGUGGUAAAAAUAUAAGAUGUUAAGAAUGAGAAGGGGCUGUCACAUCAAGGCUUGUCCUUUGCUUCCACAUCAUUGGCCCUGGAGCAGUCUUUAAUCUAAAUGAAUACAUCCUGUGAAGUAUUUUAUCUCUGUUCCCUCACUGCAGCAGUUCUCCACACAGCUCAGGAAUAUUAACAGUCAGUCUGUGUCCUUCAAUCCCACUACCAAGUCAAUAGUCUAUUUACACCUAGGAACUUGAGAGCAAAUGGCGGCAAGCUACUGGCAUCUGGAGGGUAAAGGCCUGCCCUGCCGUUGUCCACUUGAGCUCACCAGAUACGUGGCUAGUAGGGUCCACUGUAGCGCAAUGAAAAGAAACAGUCCCUGACCAUUCUCCUUCCUACCCACAGGAAAUUUUAGAAUUUGGAAUGUUUGCCUGUGAGUUCACUGCAAAAUAAAUCCUCACCAUUAUAUUUAUACUUUAUAGAAAGAAAUUUAAAAAAAGCUUAAAUAGUGUUGUUCUUUACCUUUUUUUUUUUUUUUUUCCUCAGAUAACAGAAUAAAUACAUUUUUGCUUUUUCUUCUGUGGUAGUCUCCACAGUUUCUAGCUUAAACUAGUUCAAUUUCAUACACUACAGAAAUCAAAAGCUGCAGCGUAUCGUGAAAUAUUCUUCUGCAACAGAGUGGUCUGAUUGGUUGUGAGGGUGUAUAAUAUAAUCAUCUUGUGUAGUUUGGGCGAGAGGAGCUCAUAGCGAAAUGGGUUCUGACUGCUCAAAAUGAUGCCUCUGUCACUGGCCUUGAUUAAAAGUUAUCUAGGACUACUUUAUUAUUAUUAAGCUUUGUGUUUCUUUUAGUGGGAAAUAGACUUGAUUAAACUAUAUCUAUACCAUUCGGGAUUUCAGUGAAAUAAAAUCCUACACUAGGUCAACACUUGAAGGACCGGAGAUAAACUGAUACCUAUGUAAGCCCAACAGCAGUCUUUCUGACAGCUGUAUUCAGAACACUGUAAAUAGCAUAACGAAAGGAAAAAGUCAGAUGUGUUUUUUUUUUUUUUUUUUUAUUCAGUACGAUGCAUAAACAUCUGAACAACCAAAG